AUGCGGCUGGGGAAUGACAAACGCGCUUUGGUCAAGGACCCGAGCGGCACGUCCGUAUUUGAUCUGCAGGUGACAGCGAGGCCCCCCUCCCCCCCGGCCCCGGCCUCUGUUUGCACCCUGCCCCCGGAGGAAGCUGCUUUCGGUGCUGGAACAGGAAGUCGCCUGGGUGUGGGUGUCUCCUGGGAACAGCCUGUUCUCCACGGCCUGCAGAGAGGCUCCCGGCGGCGGCCGUGCGGAAGGCAGGGCCUGCCCCUCGCAGGCCCCGUGUGGCUGGAGGUCUGGGGGCGAGGUGGCUUUCCCUCCAGGGACAGGUGGGAGCUGGUUCCAGGGCACGACGAGGGGCCUCACCAUCGGUCACCCCCAGCCCAGCAGCUGGAAGCCCCCAGACCCUGGCGGAAGUGGCCACAAUGCCUCCCUGAGCAUCGGUCUUCGUGUGUCCUGGGGACGGUCCUGUCACUGAGUCAGCGUUCACUUCCGGGGGAUCCCCGCGUUGCCGAACCCUGUGUGCACGAGCCCGCCACCGAGGCCAGCAGCGUCCCGCGCAUGGCCCAGCGUCCUCUGGGGCCCCGAGACUCUGAGAAGAUUUCGUCACCAGGAGCUUUUUCUGGAUACUACCAAGCCACCCGUUUUCGACGUAGUGGAAUUUUUGCGUGUCCAUCGGAAAUGCUGUUAGAAAACCAGAAUCAGGCCAGCCCGGCUCCUGGAUCGCCUCACCCGUCCGCAGUGCCGUGGGACUGUCCCUCCACGGCUGCCCCCAGGUGACGAUGGCCGCGUGAGCGUCCGCCAUGGCCAACCGCAAGCGUCAGAGCACAGUAAGCAGCAUGCUGGAGCACAGGCCGAGGCCGGGCCGGGAGCCCGAGGGCCAGGG